AUGAGUGGUUCGAAAAGAACGAUCAGAUUUUGUCGUUCGCUGCUGAUUGUCUGCAUUUUGGGGUUGCAACAAUGUUGCAGCGAAGAAACAGGAGACAAGGGGAAUACACUUGUUGACAAAGACGAAGGGCUUAGUGUUAUUGAUGACUCUGAGAUACUAGAAGCUCCCUCCAGUAGGUCGGCGCGACAUCUCGCUGUCCUUCGAGGUUGGGCCGAAGUUCUUCCAUUAGGUGGAGGCGGACCUUGCCUGACAGGCAAAGGUACUAUAGGCGCUUGCACAUCUUUUAGGCAGUGUUAUCCUUAUUUUAAACUACCAGAUCUCGGUUUAUGGGAAAGCUGGGUUUUGGGAAAUUAUGACACUUGCAGCUAUUUUAAUAAAGACGGACGUCAGGCAUAUGGGGUCUGCUGCACGAAUCCAGCUCAAUUCAUACCCGCAAAUGACGGCAGCAACAAUACAAUAAUCUCAUCCUUGGAUGUCGGUUCUGUAUCGGAUACUUUCGAGAGUCCUGCUGCACAACCAAACGAAUCUCCAAGCGUGUUUUAUCCCAAUUGGCCACCGCCGAUUCCAACACAUCCUCCGGACCACACGGCACCGACACAUCCACCCAGCAUCCAUUUUCCGCCUAAACCACCAACACAUAAACCUCCGACAACAAAACCACCGAAACAAGAAGUUGCAAUAACUACUACGACCAAGAGGCCGACAACGACAUGGCCUACGCGACCACCGGCACAAAAACCACCAAGUUACCCACAAUGGCCACCACCUAUACCAACUCAUCCUCCGAGUUAUCCUACAAGACCGCCAAUUUACCAAACAACGACGGUUGCUACGACUGCCAGACCAACUGCCGAACCACAUCCUCCUUCAUCAGAUGUUGCUUGCGGUGCUAAAAAUGGAUACCAGGAUCAAGAAAGAAUCGUAGGCGGACAUAACGCGGAUCCAAAUGAAUGGCCGUGGAUAGCAGCACUUUUUAAUGGAGGACGACAGUUCUGUGGCGGUUCUCUCAUAGACAAUCAACAUAUCCUUACAGCCGCCCAUUGUGUAGCACAUAUGAGUUCUUGGGACGUAGCACGUAUCACCGUACGUUUAGGUGAUCACAACAUCAGAUCAGAUCAUGAAGUAAAACAUGUAGAACGAAGAGUGAAGCGAGUGGUUCGUCACAGAGGUUUUGAUUCAAGAACAUUGUACAACGAUGUAGCAGUUCUAAAAAUGGAUUCCCCGGUGCAAUUCACAAGACAAGUUCGUCCUGUAUGUCUACCCAGUUCAGCAGGAAGCAGGGGUUACGCUGGUCAAACAGGAACCGUCAUCGGAUGGGGAAGCUUACGAGAAAGUGGUCCACAACCGUCCGUGCUCCAAGAAGUUACCAUACCUAUUUGGGGUAAUGCUGAAUGCCGGCAAAAAUAUGGAUAUGCAGCGCCUGGUGGAAUAGUAGAUCAUAUGCUGUGUGCAGGACAAGCGAGCAGGGACUCUUGCAGUGGUGAUAGUGGCGGACCUCUGAUGGUGAACGAAGGUCGAUGGACACAAGUCGGUAUCGUUUCUUGGGGAAUAGGAUGUGGUAAAGGACAAUAUCCCGGAGUCUACAGCAGGGUAUCACAUUUUAUACCCUGGAUCACAAAGAAUACAAAAUCUUAA